AUGCAUGGUAACUGUUGUUAAUGUAAACCAGCCAUAUUGGAUGUGCAAAUAAUUCAUGAAGCUUCAUCUUCUCAAUGUAUCUCCUGAAGGAAUGAGUUAGCUGGUUGUCUGAGGAUGAGUGACGCGGGAGGAAGCGAGAGGGAGGAGGAGGAGGUGUCGGAGUAUGUCCCCCCGAUAGCACCCCUUCCUCCCAAGGUCAUUAAACAGGAAGAGAGUCAGAUAGAAGUCUCAUCAAGCCCUGCUUUCCAGUGUUUGGAUGAGUUAUUUCAGCAAGGAAAGUUAACUGGGACAAAGGUUGCUCUACUGAAAUCUAAAUACACAGAACUGCAUGAGACACUUAAAAACUCCAGACUUAAUGAAACAACACUGCUCCGUCAAGCCAAGGACUACACAUCAGAUCUAGAGAAACAGAGAGCAGAGUUAGAGAAAGGGGAUAACUUCCCAGAGAGUUCCAACACAGAAGUCACCAAACUCCGUGAACAGUUUCUCAAGUACAACAAUGAUCUGGUGGAGACAGAAGAACGGCAGUAUCAGCUGGAGUACAAGCUGGAGAGUUUGACAGAAGAGAAGAAAAUAAUUGAAAGGGAGUAUGAACGGCUCCCUAAACAAGGGGAGAUCGAGAAAAAGAUCAAGCAGCUUCAAACUGCCUGUGAUGAAAUGAGGAAGGAGAUUGGACAGAGUCAGAAUGAGGCCAAGAACCUCCGUGAAGACCUCGAGACCAAUCAAAGACAGCUGGGCCUCGACAACAAGGAGUAUGAGGAGUUGACCGAGAAGUUGGAGAAGUUGAAGCUAGACUAUAUGAACAUAUCGGGCGACCUGGUUCAGAUAAAUACUGUCCCAGGCCAGAUUGCCAAGGAAGCUGACAAAAUUGCAAGACAGAAAAAUGAAAUGGACAACAAACUCCAAACUCUGGCAUCAGAGUAUGAUGAAUUAAAUGAGGCAUCCAAAAUCCUGGAAACAAAACGGAGGAAGUUGGAAGAUGAAAAAUUAGAAUUUGACUCGGAAUUAGAAGAACAGCGAUCCAUAUUGAACGAGCGAGAAAGAGAGCUUGAUUUAUUACAGAAAGAUUAUGAGCAUGCAAAGGAACGUGAAGCAAUGCUGCUGGGAGAUAGGGCAACACUUGACUUGAACUUGAGGCAUGUUCAUCUGGAGAAGAAAAAUCUUCAUGAUGUUCAUUCCCGCAAGAGUCGAGAAAAGGAUCGAGACCUCCGUAACCUCAAGAAGGCUGAAUUACAACUCCGCGUGGCCGAUGAAUCACUCAACCAUACAAAGUCUAUCCAUGAAAAGAUCAAGUCACAGGUUGAUGGACUCCCGCGAGACGAUGGCUCUCUGGUGAAGAAGAGGGGAGAUCUGCAGAAGGAGGUGGAACAAACCAAGAGAGCUCUUGCUCAGCAGAACUCCCUGACGGCGGUGGAGCAUGUGAAGCUUGAGGCAAGUGCAGCCGAUGAGCAGAACCUGUUGUUUGAGCAGAGUGAUCUGCGCAUUGAAGUCGUGGAGCUCACCAGACUCGCUGCUAUCAAGGCUGAUGAGAGAGAGCAGAAGGCUCGAGACUUCAUGAGGGCGGAGAUGCGCUUCCACCGGGCUGUGGAGGACCUCAAAACGAAGCAGCUGCAGAUACAAGACCACCAGAAGAAGCAUCAGGAGAUGCAGCAGAAACUGAAGGAGUUUGCCAAGCUGUAUGACGUCAUCAAGAAUGAGCGAAACAAGUGUGUGAACCUCAUCCAGACCAGCACCCAGAAGGCAGCUGAGAUGAAGGAGAAGAUCAAGAUCCUGCAAAAUGAGAUCGAGAUCCUCCGUACAGCAGUCAUGCAGAAGGACAGACAACUUCAGAAACAUCGCCUGAAGCACCGCGCAAGUCUUGAGCUGCGUGACAGCAUGCGGAAGGAGGUUGCUAAGCAACAGCGGGUGGAGGAGGCGAUGCGGGAGAAGCAAGAGCAGCAGAAGAUGGACAUCUCCAAACUGAACUUGAUGAUCAACCAGGCCGAGGAGCAGAUGGUGAGACUCCGGAAGCGAUACGAGAGAGCAGUGCAGCAUCGCAACGACAGGGGCAUUAAGCUGAUUGAGAGGAAUGAAGAAGUGUGCAUCUUCUAUGAGAAGGUUAACAUCCAAGAUCAGAUGGUUCGUAACGGAGAAGUGGAGCUCAAGGCGAGAGAGGAAGAGAUUAGGUUCCUCAAGAUGCAGCUGAAUGAGGAGAAACGAGGUCGUGAGGUCAUGAGGAAAAUGGAGCCAAACAAGCGUGCUUUUGAGCAGGAACUCGUCACACUGCAGAUCCAGCUGCAGCAGUGUCAGGACCGGAUGUUGGAGCUGGAGAAGGACCUGGAAAACCCUUACGAUGAGACCCGAGUCCGAUACCUGGAGGGUCACGACCCUACUCCGGCAGAGAUACAGACCAAAGUGGAGGAGCUUGAGAUGAGAUUAGCUGAGAAAGAAGAGCAGCUUCUGGAAAAAGACUUGAUCUUUGAACAGGUCAACCGACUAGCAGAUCGCAUCCGAGGGAAAGCUGAAGUCGGGAAACAGGACACCCUAGAUCUAGCCAAGAAGGUUAAUGAUGUGCAAGCAAGGAUCAAAGAAACAACACGGAAGAUGAUGGCGCUGGUGUCGGAGCUGUCUAUGAACCAGGCCAAUGCCAUGAAGCUACAGCAGGACCUGCGUGGCCGGGAGACGGAGCUGGAGCAGAGCUACAUGAGGAUGGAGAAGGGAGACCCACCAUCCGAGGAGUGUGAGAGGGAAUGGCUGCGAAUGGUCCGAGAUGAGAUGAGAAGGAUGCAGGACAAGGAUGACAUCAGAGCUGCCACAGAAGAGGAAGAGCAGUACAAGCUGGCUGGGGGCCUGUACACAACUGCCGAACCUCGCCCCAACGCCUACAUUCCUGAUGAUGAUAGUGAACUGCCAAUACCCCGACCAUAUGGCUCUCAUGCUCCGUUCAAACCAAAUGAAGCUGGCUCAACUAUGAGACAUAUCAGAAAACCUGUGCCCAAACCCAUUGAGAUCUAAACUUUGUUUCAUAUUUUCUCGAGUCGUGUGAGUGGAGGAAUGUAUGGUGCUGGAAAUAUGUGAAGCUAGUUAUGAAGUCGAAGGAUGCAUUUUAAAGGUCUCAAUACAGGCUUUUGUCAAGUAUUUUAUUGUAAUCAAUGAAUCAAUAUUGUGAUCUGAUUUUGGAAUGAGACGGUUUAAAGUGGUAUUUUUAUUUAAUUCUUAAUUGAAUCCUAGCACAUAGACAUAUGGUCAAAAGGAAAAGACCUUGAACAGUUUCAAGAACCUACUAUGAAGUAAUAAAAAUAAGGAAUUUUUGAACUAACCAAUCAAAAUAGGACAGUGUAUAUAUUUUAACAAUGGAUAGUUAUACAUGUUGUAAGAGAUAUACUCAACUACUCAUAUACCUGAACUGUUUAUCCACAUCUGACCAAAUAUAGGAUAAUAUAUCACUUCCUUCUUUAAAUUUUGCAGUUAUUUAUUUUAGUAAUCAUUGCUUCAGUAAACACAAUAGUUUCUGUACAUAUGUAGAAUAUUAGCUCCUCCUACUGUGAUGUAACACUGAAGUCCCUUCACACGUGUUCCACAAAACCAUUCUGUUGCUAUUUACAGAGCUAAGUACCUACCCUUGUAUCAACUUAGAAUGUCUUAGUUUGACCAUGGAUGCCAAACAUUUGUGAGUGUGCUUGUUUUAUAUCAAUUGUAAAAGUCACUAUUCUGGUGAUCUGAGGACUAGCUGUAUUGACAUUUGACACAAUCCAUAUUUAAAACCAAUAAAAGAUAAAUGCCAUUAUUACGUAUACUGGGUAACUGAAAAAGAAUUAAUUCUUUUAUCAUUGCUUGAGUAAAUAUAAGUUGUCAAAGAUAUGAAUGACGAUGGGACUACAACACCUUGUUGUAUGAUUUAUUACAGGCUUCAGCUGGAGAUCCUCUGAAGAAACAUUGACAGGCCACAACAUAAUGCACCUUCCUCCACUUCCCAUGCCAAAUUUGCCCAAGCUCAAUGUCACUGAUACACGUGAAUAGCCUGAAGAGAAUUUAAUUUUUAUCCCUUUUAUGAUCCAUUCCCUACCUUCACACAGUAUUAAGCAUGCAUACAUGGCUGGCUGCACUUGUACAGUUACAUGCCUGCUAGUGACAUGUACAACUGUUGUCAAUGUCAUGUACAUUUCAACCUUCCCUCCCUGCAUGUGCCUAUAACCUGUCAGCAUUCCCUUGUCAUUGCCUUCCCUUCAAUACCAAAACUGUUUGUAUAUCUAUUGUACAUGUCUGUGAUUGUAUUAUUGUUAACUUAUUUUGAAACAAAGCAAUUCAGUAUUGACAGUGAUGUUUGUUGAUUUAUCUAUUUUUCCAAAGCAAAAUGAUCCGAGUGUUGUUGAGCAGUUGAAUUAAUUUUUAUUGUAUUUAAACACCAGAUUUAUUUAUAUCACUUGAAUAUGACUGUGAAAUUACAAUAUAUGAAGUCAGUAUUUUCGCUUUUGAUUUGUACAGACUCUUCCAUUGCCACAGCAUGUCAAAUAUCAACACACAUUACAGAGUUAAAAAAUCAGAUAACAAAAUAUAUCUAUGUUCAUAAAGGAAGUCAUACAUACAUAAUAUUAAAUAAUGAAGAUAAGUGUCUGAUAUAAGGAUUUUAAUAAUAAAGGUUACGAUUGUAAAUAAAUAUUGUGGAAUAUG